CCUCCAUCAACCCCUCGCUCACCCGUCAGCGCGAACGCAGAGCCCCCUCUCGUCAGCCCCUAGCCUCAAUGAUUGAACAUCAUUCAACUAUUUACUGGGCUCUCUUCAUUCUCUUUCAUCACUCAGUGAACUGAAACUGUGCCCGGCGGCGGAGUCCUGGAUGUCGCGAUGACUUCCGCAACGGACGUAAGCUGAUGGAGCCUACAAACACCGCCUCAACGUCGCGAGCAGUGAGACUCAGCCUCGAUUGUAGUCAUGAUACGCGUAGACAGUAGUUCCCUUGAGGAUACGACUCAGUUCUAUCGAACGGCUUAUAUUAAUUUAAGACACCUCGGAAUUUCCAAGCGGCGGCUCGGAGGCGAGAACGGAUUAAGGAGUUGGGAGAUUACCGUCCGCGCGCUCUCGAUAUUUCCAAAGUUGCCACAUCGCACUCCCUCCCUUCGAAGAAUCUCACCACCUUACAACUUACAUCUCUACAACCCAUUCUUGCUCCCAGGAACGCUCUUUAAUAUUACCAACUGUAAUAAUAUCGCAUUCUCUUCCGAAGCCAUACCCAAAAGAACCUUCGGACCUCUUUGCGCCGCGCGUCCCCGACGGACUCCUAUCGCCACUACAAAGCGCAAACUACCUGUAACCUGUCGUCGCAUCGUCGUGUCGUCGCAUACCACAAAUACACACAAUGGGCCAAUCUCCAUCCCACAGUGCCUCUAGCAACGCCGACAAACACUCGCUGAAGGCCGCCUCGAUCCGCUACCACAAAGAGCACAGGCUCCAAGCUCCCUUAAUACCCGAACCAUCGUCGCCAUCACCAAGCAAGCGUUCAGGGCGGUCGCUCGACAGCAGGAAAUCCAACUCGCGGAUACGGGGGGGACUCGAUAAAUCGGGCUGGAACUACGA